AUGUCGUUCAUCUUGUGGUCAAAGACCAGCCCGCUGUUGGCAGUUGGGACAGUCAAAGGAAACCUGCUGAUCUACAAUCAGCAAACUUUGCGCAAGAUCUCAGUAUUUGGUAUACACAGAAAAAAGGUCACCUGUGGCUGCUGGAGUCCUCAAAAUCUUCUGGCUCUGGGAGGUGAUGAUAACACACUGAGCAUCAGCACUCAUGAGGGAGACACAGUCAGGCAGACAACACUUGGCGGCAGGCCGUCUGAAAUUCAUUUUUCCCUGAUGAAGAUGGAUGAAAUGUCGACGAAAGAAGACACCAUUGUGAGUGUGUCUGUGGACAAGAAGAUUUUGAUGCUUUUCAGCGUCAAUGACCCUGAUAACCGAAUAGAACUGACCUUCCAGCGUCACUAUGGAAACAUCGUGUCAUAUCACUGGUAUGGCGAUGGAUAUAUUCUCCUUGGAUUCUCCCAUGGAUACUUUGUGGUUAUCUCCACUCACAUCAACAAGAUUGGGGAGGAGCUGUACCAGGCUCGUAACCAUAAAAAUAGUCUUAACAGUGUGGCUAUCUCGCCAACGUUAAACAAGGCUGCGUCCUGUGGGGACAACAGCAUAAAACUCCACGAGCUGUCUGAGCUCAAAGAUAUGAGCAACGUUGUUCACUUUGACGAUGAGACAGGUCUGGACCAGCUGAGCUGGACACACGACGGCCAGCUGUUGGCUGUCUCCACACAGAAAGGGACACUUCAUGUCUUCCUGACCAAGCUUCCCGUCCUGGUUGACAGCUUUGGUACCCGUGUGGCGUACCUCACCUCUCUGCUGGAGGUGACUGUCUCCAACCAGGUGGAAGGGGAGACGCCUGUGGCCAUAGAAGUGGACGUGGAACCCACUUUCAUUGCAGUCGGCCCGUAUCAUGUCGCUGUGGGGAUGAACAACAGAGCCUGGUUCUACGCUUUGGUAGACCAUGAACCUGGUUUUAACAAGCUAAAGGACUUUGAGUAUUUGGGGACAAUAGCCCGCAUGUGCCUUAACUCGGUCUACGCAGCAGCGCUCUUUGAGGGAAAAGUGCAGCUGCAUAUGAUCGAAGGCAAAUGCCAAGAGGAAAAGAAUCAGAUGCGGUUGUUUCCAGAUGAUGAGAGAAAAGGUUGGAUCCUCUGCCACGCCCUCACUGCUGACUUCCUGUACUACGGCACUGAUUCAGGUCAUGUAGAAUGUGUCUUCCUGGAGAAUUGGAAGACUGCGAGCAGCUACAGUCACUCUGCAGGUGUGAGGAGAGUUUUCCCUGACCUGAACGGCACAUGGCUGGUCUUCACCGACGAUCAGAACAGUGGCUUCCUCUUCUCUCCUGUAAAUUCCAAAGAUUGGUUCUUUGAGCUGCCUGGCUUCUCUCCCACAGUCACAGGAGUCCUGUGGGACAACUGGCAGGGCAACAAAGGAGUGUUUGUCGCUUAUGACAAUGACAAGGUCUACACCUAUGCCCUGCAUAAAUCCACCAUAUAUGGCCCUCAGGUGGUGUUGGUGGGCAGCACUGCGCUCCUGCUUUCCCAGAAGCCUUUGCUCUUGCACAACGGUGAACUGACUUGUCAGACAGGAGAUGGUAAGACCGGCAAACUGGCUCUGAGCACACACUCUUUUCUGAAGACCAGCACAUCAACAGAUUUACCACCGGGGAUCAGCACACAGCUGAGCCAGGCUCUCAUGCUCAAGAGGUUUCAUGAAGCCUGGGACUUGUGUAAAUCUGCAGGCAGUGAUACAGACUGGGCAGAGUUAGGUAAAGCCUGUCUCGUCCAUAUGGAGGUUGAUCUGGCCAUCCGGGUCUACUGCAUUAGUGGCAACGUGGGUAUGGUCCUGUCACUGCAGGGUAUCCAGGGAACAGAAGAAAGAAAUUUACUGGCAGGACAUUUGGCCAUGUUUCUUUGUGACUACAACCUGGCAGAGACGCUGUAUCUGUCCUCAAGCUGCCCAGCUGCUGCCCUGGAGAUGAGGAGAGACCUGUUGCACUGGGACAAUGCUCUCAUGUUAGCAGAGAGGCUAGCAGAAGACCAGAUUCCUUUUAUAUCCAAAGAAUAUGCUAUCCACUUGGACUUUAUUGGAGACUACGUGAACGCAUUGACACACUAUGAAAAAGGCAUGACCCACAAUAAUACUUUCCAGGAGCAUGACAAGGUGUGUCAAGCAGGUGUAGCCAGGAUGUCCAUCAGGAUGGGUGACAUCAGGAGAGGAGUUGCACAGGUUAUUCAACACCCGAGCAGAAUCCUCAAGAAGGAAUGUGGAGCCAUACUGGAGAACAUGAAGCAAUUUUCUGAAGCUGCUCAGCUCUAUGAGAAAGGACAGUAUUAUGAUGAGGCUGCUUCUGCCUACAUUUGUUGCAAGAACUGGGCAAAGUUAGGAGAGCUGCUCCCACAUGUUUCCUCUCCAAAAAUCCACCUGCAGUAUGCCAAGGCCAAAGAGGCAGAUGGCAAGUAUAAGAAUGCAGCUCAGGCCUAUGAGAGUGCGAAAGACUGGAACAACAUGAUCCGAGUGCUGCUGGAUCACCUGAACAACCCAGAAGAGGCUGUUCGCGUCGUCAGGGAGACGCAGAGCAUCGAAGGAGCAAAAAUGGUUGCCAGGUUCUUCCUGCGGUUGAACGACUUUGCUGCAGCCAUCAGCUUCCUGGUUCUGUCUCAGUGCAAAGAUGAAGCUUUUGAUGUGGCACAGCAGCACGGACAGAUGGAGGUCUACGCAGACAUCAUCGGCUCUGAGGCGACACAGGAGGAUUAUCAGAGCAUUGCUGUCUACUUUGAGGGAGAGAAGAAACACCUGCAGGCCGGCAAGUUCUUCCAGAAGUGUGGGCAGUACAGCAGGGCCCUGAAACAUUUCCUCAAGUGUCCAAACACUGAAGACGACCUGGCAGUGGAGAUGGCUAUUGAGAUGGUGGGUCAGGCCAAAGACGGCUCUUUGACCAAUCAGCUGACAGAUUACCUGAUAGGGGAGAGUGACGGUAUGCCCAAGGACGCCAAAUACUUGUUCCGUCUCUAUAUGGCACUGCAGCAGUACAGGGAGGCAUCUCAAACCGCCAUCAUCAUCGCCACAGAAGAGCGGUGUGCAGGAAACUACCGUUACGCCCAUGAUUUGCUGCUGAGCACGUACAGGGAGCUGCAGGCCCAGAAGAUAAAUAUCCCUGCUGAAAUGGCCACCGAUCUUAUGAUCCUCCACUCCUACCUGUUGGGGAAGAUCUACGUAAAGAGGGGAGAUCACCUAAAAGGGGCGCGCAUGCUUGUGCGUGUCAGCAACAAUAUCAGCAAAUUUACAGCGCAUGUUGUUCCCAUUCUGACGUCAACAGUCAUUGAAUGUCACCGUGCCGGAUUGAAGAACUCGGCCUUUAACUUUGGUGUUAUGCUGAUGAGACCAGAAUAUCGAAAUGAGAUCGACACAAAAUGCAAGAAGAAGAUUGAGGCUAUGGUUCGACAUCCAGAUACAUCAGAGCUGGAGGAGGAAACAGCUCCAUGUCCCCUCUGUGGCUUCCAGCUCCCGGAGAAUGAGCUGAUGUGUAGUUCCUGCAAGAAUAAGCUGCCCUACUGUGUUGCCACGGGUCGUCACAUGGUGAAAGAAGACUGGACUGUGUGUCCUCACUGUGAAUUUCCUGCUCUUCACUCACAAUUCAUUCUUUUGUUAGAGACGGAGACGGUGUGUCCCAUGUGCUCUAAGAGACUGAGUGUCAAACAGAUAAAGAAGAUCUCAGACUGACCAAUCAACAAGAUUAACGAAGAAUAAAAGUGUCUCAGUCAAGGGUGACAGAGCAAGUCAUUGCCAUAAAAGACUCUCACAGGGCACUUUAUUAGGUACAAACUAUUGUGUCCGGCCAGGAGGCAACGGUGCGAAUACACACCAUUCAUUCUAAUGCAUAAUUUCUAGUCACAUAACUUGCAUGACUUUGAAGAAAGAGAGGAAGUAAUAAUGGAGGAAUAAUUGAAGAAGCAGGCCAUGCUUGUUCUUUGGAGAAGAGUAAGUUCACAAGAUGAAGAUCAAGUACAUCUGUCCUCCUCAACAACCUGAGUCUGUUCUUCUUGUCCUGACUCAUCUGCUGCCAACACGAGCAAACUCUUCCUCCACCUGCUCCAUCUUUGCUUGCAUCUAUUGUCGCCAUCCUCUUUUUCUUUGGAAAAAGCUUCUUUUAUCCAGACUUUGUAAAUAUAAACGAAUUAUAGGAUUUUAAUCCUGCAAUAAAUCCCUGACCCACUUAAAUUGUGGUGAGGUUAUACCCUGGGGAAAUUGUCUUCUGAUAGUUUUUAUAGUUGAUUUGUCUGCACCUGGAUUUUUAUACAAGGGGAUAUGAAGGAUCCAUGCAGAAGUUACAGGCCCAAAUGACAUUUAUGGACCAGACAAUCACUUGCAGGAAUCAUUUUAUUGUGCAGGACCUGAUCCUGUUUGACUCCCAAAAUGUGAGGGACAUUUUGUGUAGUCCUGCUGGAGUCCUGUUGAUAUUGCGGGACACAAUUAUGUAGCUGUGGGACAUUAAAAACUCCUGAAAUAAAUAGGU